AUGUUGUCUAUUCCAACUACUCAUCUGAGCCCUUGGCUGAGCUCGCUACGCAGUGUCAUUGAUGAUUCUGACUCCGACCUGGACUCCCCGCCGGCUUCGGACUUGGGCAGCGAUAUCUUUGACGACCACUCGGGGCUUCUGGGUAGUACUGAAACAAGCUUCAGCUCGCUUUUUCCAGACAACAGUCAAGAAGAUGUUUCUACGCAGCCAAAGACUACUGGCAGUACUUGCUUGUCACCACAUAGGCUACGUACACUGAAGUUCUGGCGGUACCUCGAGGAACAAGGCGACACCUCUGCUUGGAUCAAGGAAGUGCUUGCUUAUAUGCUCAGCAAGUCCAUUGAUCUCCCCAUACUUUUGCGUCUGCUCAGCUGGGGUGCUGAGGAGCUCAUCAAUGAUCCCUUCAUGCGUUUUGAAUGGACUGCUCUGAUGGGUAGCUCAGAGCUCAGCGAGUGCUUGGACGAGUGGUAUCUGCCAAACCGUAGUCAUGAACGAGGGGUCAAGACACAAGGCACGCACCAGACAUUGACUCACUGGGCAACCUCGUGUGUUGGUGACAUGGUCACCAAGGAGAUGGUGAAGAUCGGCAAGGUCCUGCAUUCUGAGCUGGAAGAGCUCUCAGAAGAAACUCUUUUGGCAGUCAAGUGGGAAAGCCUCACUAACACUACCAAGCAGGAGGCCCCCGUCCUGUGGCAGCUUCUCCGGCAAUGUGCUUGGACAGCCGAUCAAGACAAGUGA